AGCCUCGCGGGCUGCGAAAGAAUAGUGACCGUUCUGUGAAUUGCCCUUCCCGUACGCGAAAAGAACUGUGUCAAUGGCAUUAUCACCAUGUCACUGUAAUUUUCUUGUAGAAUAGCGAGAUUUUCGCGGUCUUCUCAUGAGCAGUUGAUUGUUGUUCUACAUGUCAGUCAAUGGCGUUUGAUCACAAGCGCGCAGCCGCUGUUUUGACCAGAGCACUCGACUUCGAGUCUUCUUCACCCAACACACCCUCACAAUUCUAUCGAUCUUCGUCAUGGCUUCGGUGACGUUGGACGCCUCUCUGGUGGAACUUGCCCAUUUUUUGCCGAUGGAAAAAGUGCCAGACAAACUUCAUUGUGCCACAUGCCAGAAAAUCAAUCUCGACGCCUACAAAACAUCAUGUUGUGACGAGUCAAUAUGCGAGUCUUGUUUUACUCAGUCUUGCGAUACCAGUUGCCCCAAAUGCGACCACAAGCCAUUCACGGCCGACACAUGCAAACAACACCGUUCAAUGCGAAAUACAGUCAAGGCUUGGUUGAAGUUGCAACAGAAAGAAAAGGCAGAGGAACUGGUCAAAACCACUGCUACCGAUGAGACUCCACAGUCCAACACGAAACAAGAAAGCCUCGAAGAGAACAUUCAGGAGGAGACGCCUGUGGUUGAGCCAACCAUAGAACCGCCAGUUAAAGAAGGCGACAGUGAAGACGCGGCUGCUCCUGCUGAUAUCCUGCCAUCGAUAGAGGAUCAUGACCUCGAAGAUGCUGAACACCUAGACGAUGACAUCGAUAUUCAAGUAGACCUGGAUGAUGACCAUCGUGAAAUACCUUUGCAGCCUGUCAAAAGCAUCGAAUCUUCUACCGUUGACCAAAUUGCGCCUCCGACUGGUCCAAGGGCGCAGGCACGCGAGCAGUUCAACUCGGACUCUGAUAACAUGGGUGGAAUGGAUUUUCAGAACAUGAUGAAUGGCAUGAACAACAUGGACAUGAAUCAGAUGAUGCAGAUGAUGGCGGCUAAUGGAAUGGGCGGUUUCAAUCCAAUGAUGGGAAUGCCUAUUGGGAUGAAUCCAAUGUCGUCCGGUAUGUUUGGCGGUUUCGGGGGUUCGAAGGGCAUGAAUGGAAUGAAUGCUAUGAACAUGGGAAUGAACUUCAAUCCAAAUCAAGGCAUGUUCUGGAAUAAUCAAAACAACAGUAUGUGGCAGAAUAAUAAUGCAAAUGCAUUUCCGAAUGCCAUGGGCGGUGACUUUGGCCCAAACUAUGGUUUCAAUGGCGACUUCCAACAAUCUUACUCCAAUGGUGAUUUCCAAACUGGUUAUUAUCGUGGCUACGGUCGUGGUCGUGGUCGGGGUCGUGGAGGUUACGGUAGAGGUCGUGGUAACUUCUAUCAGUUUUCUCAAUUCCAGCAGCAACAGGGAUAUUUUAACGGCCCCGAUCAACACAAUAUAAGGCCCGUGACAACCGAGGAUCGUCCCAAUGACACUCCAAACGAUCAGAGAAAUUCCAACAAGCUCGAUGAUACGACACACGAAGAUGCUGAAUUUGCCCCGGGUGGUCAAGACGAGGUCCAAGAAGCUCUUGGAGAAGAUUAUCAGAAGCAAACGGUCGAGGAGAAGCAGACGGAUGAUACGGCUACGGCUGCUGAUGACACUGCCCCAGAGCUUGUUGACAAUGAACAGAAGAAUGGGACUGAAGAUCAAGCAAGAAGCGAAGAAUAUGCACCUAUUGAGACAUUUGAGUCGAGAACAGUGGACCGCAGAGACACUAAUGGGGGUGUUGACGCGAAAAUGGUCCCGGAAGCUUACAGUGAAGAUCUUAAAGGACCCAUGCCGCCUCCGACCGCGCCUCUAGGCCCAUCAGCCCAAUAUGGAGUUCGAGGUCAUGGUAGAUUUUCAUCUCGUGGUCGUGGAUCGAUGUCCAUGCCGAAUGGACAUUUCGCCUCAUCAGUAAAGCCGUUCACCCCCCCUGCCGAGGCAAAAGGGGUUGGUAUUGUAGGUGCGCCAACAGGUCCUAGAGCGAUGCGUGACCCUCCUGCAGCUCCUCCAGCCCCUUCAAGGCCAGAUUCACGUACGUCAGGAUCAGGUUUUCAGAUCAUGGGCAGAGCGUCCAAGACACAAGCACCACGAUCACGGUCCCGUGAGAGCGAAAGGAUCUCAAAUCGAGACAUUGAGGAAGAUGCUAUUGAAGAUCGAUCCAGGAGACCCUCAAGACAAGACAGCUACGCCAACUCGAGGCAAGACGUCGACGAGCAAGACUACCAUGACGAUCGCGAUAAGGACAAGCGAUCUAGAAAGUCGAAUCGAGCUGACUAUGAUGACUAUGACCGAGACCACCAAGAUCUAUCUCGACCAGAGUCUAUUGACCACAGAUUAUCAAGACGAAGUCGUGAUGAAAAGGACAGGUCAUCAAAGUAUCGAUCAUCAAGAUCCAGACGAUUUGAUGAAGUCGAUAGUAGCGGCGACUACGAAAUGGAAGAUCGCGAGGAUCACUACGCCGAAAGCAGGAGUAAACACCGGAGCAGCAAGUCUUCAAAGUACGACGAGCGGGAGCGUGACCGAGAUGAAUACCGACGCGAGAAAGGUCGCGAGCGAGAUCGGGAUAGGGAUCGAGAUAGUCAUCGGGAGAGAGAUGACAAGCCACGCGAACGUGACCGAGACCGCAAACGAUCCCGACAUGAUCGACAUCGUGAAGAUGAGAAGAAUUACAACAACGAUUAUGACUACGAACACGAUACACAAGAUCAAGAAUCACGGCACCGUUCACGGCGGCACAAAAAGGAUCAUCAUCGUGAGAUGGACGAUGGGAAUGACCGUGUCACGGCUACGAGUACGAACGAGCGCUCAUCACAUCGGUCGACACCUUCAGUACAACAACAUAUCAAUACGGAGCCAGAGAAGGAUCCACAUACUCUGGAGCGUGAGGCUAGAAACCGUGAGCGAAUGUUGAAAGAGCAACAGCGGCGUGAGAAGGCAGCAAAAGCAGGUGGUGGUGGUGGUGGUGGCGGUGGCGGAGGGCGAAGAGUCACGUACAAAUAUGAAGAUGAGCUUGAGAGAGGGUUGAUGGAUGGUGAGAGAGCGACUUCACGAUGGAGAUGAACGAACAUCGGAUGGUGGAGCGCGCUUAACAACACCAGACGCUGUAGCCAUCGAGUUCAAAAUCAAAUCAUGGCCAAAGCUAGAGAAAGUGAUUUCUCCAUUCAUAUCUCUCAUUAAGCCCAUACCCAGCCGGGGCAGAAAAAGACAAUCUGGUAUUGAGGUGGACAAUUUGAUCAUCACAUCAGCCCAACCUUUUCACAAUCCAUACCGGGAAUAGGAAGAUGACCAGGAGCUGCAGAAGUCAUCCACCGACAGACAGUCAUCUCGAGUCACACGGUUCAACAACACUGUACGAUCGGCGGGCGGGUGGAGAGGUCCCAACAUAGAAGACCCGUAAAGGGGGAUGGCCAAAGACGCACCGGAGGAAUCAGAAGAAGAACAGCAAAAAGGAAAAUAAACAAAAAGAGAAGACAGAAUCCUGCCGACGACAGUCGCAAUACACGGCCCAAGCCAUCAUGUUCGGUGUCCGGUGCUACGUACAAGCUCGCGAAAAGAGCCAUCCUUACAAGCUCUUACCUCCUCUCACCUCUGUCGGAGCAAAUCACAACCAACUUUUCUUGCUUCAUUGAGUUGGUUGGUUGUUUUCAGUAUUCGAUAUACACCCCAAAACACACAAGAAUUCCUUUUUGAUAGAGGGGUAACAACAAACCAUGGCAUGGCAGGAAGGGCAAGGGAAGGGAUGCAAAUUGGAUGGGAGGAGCCAAAAAUCACUCAGUGGUAUCUCGGACGGUUGAGUCCUGGCAACAUUACUGUACCUGGUACUUUUUCUUUGUUUUCUUUUUUGCUGCCAAAAAGAGAAAAACCGGGGGUGGCCAUGGUCUUUGUAGUUGUGUGAGAGCAUGCAUGCAUGUAAGAAUACGAAGGAGCAAGAGGUACCUCAGUAAUUGAAACUCUCCAAUCG